AUGACUAUAAUGUUUCACGACAUGAUGCACAAGGAGAUUGAAGUUUAUGUUGAAGACGUGAUCAUUAAAUCAAGAGAGCAUUCUGACCAUGUCAUAGAUCUUAGAAAAUUCUUGAAAGUCUUCGAAGAGUUUGAUAUUAUCUACGUGACACAAACUGUAAUGAAAGCUCAAGCCUGGGUGGAUUAUUUGGCUGAAAAUCCUAUUGGCGAGAGAUAUGAGCCAUUAAAAACUUAUUUUCCAGAUGAAGGGGUAUUGUUUAUUGAUGAGAUUACGCAUCGAAAUUCAACUCCUUAUUGUCCGAAAGCGAAUGGAGUUGUAGAAGCUGCCAACAAGAACUUAAAGAAAAUACUCUGCAAAAUGGUACAGGAUUCCCGACAAUGGCAUGAAAAGUUACCUUUUGCUUUGUUGGGUUGUCGUACUACAGUUCGAACUUCAAUUGGUGCAACUCCUUACUUGUUAGUGUACGGAACCGAAGCAGUUAUACCUGCAGAGAUUGAGAUUCCAUCUCUUCAAGUAGUUGUAGAAGAUGAAAUUGAUGAUGAUCAAUGGGUCAAGACUCGUAUAGAGCAAUUAAGAUUGAUUGAUGAAAAAAAAUUGACAUCAGCAUGUCAUGGACAACUAUACCAGAAAAGAAUGGCUCUAGCGUAUAACAAAAAAGUGCGUCGUUGA